AUGGCCACCCCAGCAACAGUGGCAGCAACAGUAUCCCUCGUACCUGGGGCUGGGGGGCCCCCCGCAGCACAGCUGCAGAUACAGCCAGGGCAACCCCAAAGGCAGCAACUGAACGGAACGGCUGGUGUUGUCGAGAAGACUGAACUUUCGCAGAAGCAGCAGCCAUCGGAGAAGCCUGUUGAGGAUAUGCCCCCUCUGCAGCCUCUGGCUCGUCCUAUCAACAACAGGAUUGAUCCGGCGCAUAUCCCCCGGCCUGACUGGAGUGAACAAAUAACAAGUGUUUACGGCAAGCGAGUAGAAACCGAUAAGGCGGGGGCGUGUCCACCAUCGCCUCCGGGCUUCUACACGGCAAUCGAUAAGGGAUGCUGCAGCUGCAGGUUCAUGAGAUCGACCCUUAAUCAGGUUCCUGCCUUUAGCCACAGCCUCGAGCUCUCUCGGCUGCCCUUUGCCAUGAUUGUGACGCCAUUCGCUGCCCAGCCGGCAACGGAGGAGCCUGUGCCGCUUGUCGAUAUGAGGGCAAGCGAGCAGCAGCAGGGAGCGUCGUCCUACUAUAUGGGGCCUAGUGCGAAGGGUGGGCAUGGUGGUGACGAGGCGGCAGAGGAAGAAUCCCCCUUCUACGGGGGCUAUUUCGACGUGGAAGAGUUGGACGCAGAGAACGUCGAUGCCCAGACUGGCAGCGGCAGCGCGAAAGACAAGGCUGCCCGUGCGGAGGGUGGCAUAGUUCGAUGCAGCAACUGCAUGGCGUACAUAAGUCCCUUCAUGACAUGGGCAAGCAACAGCACGCACUGUGUGUGCAACCUCUGCGGCACUUCCUUCGAGCUGCCCGCCUUCUAUCUCACGCUGCUAAAUCAGUACCGCAGCGGCCUGCAUGGCAACAACGGCGGUAUAGGCACUGCAGGCAGUGAGGCAGAUCGUCGACGUCCGGGGGGGAGCGGGGGGCGUCGGCUUGAACUCUGGAAGGGGUCGGUUGACUUCGUCGCUCCCACAGCCUUCGCGGCUGCCUCGAAGCUUAGCCAGCUGCAGCGCAAGCGAAGAGAGCACCUGCACGUGCUCAAGCUGGGGCAGCAGGAGACGAGCAGGCAGCUUCAGCUGCGUCAGCAGCACCUCGCAGAGCAGCAUGCGGCAACGCAGCAGGAUAUGGCGUCCCCACAACAGCAACAGAUCCAGCACGGCAGCUGGGGGGGGGGCGUACAGUCGACUUUCGCAGCGCAGGCGGAUGCACACGCCUUGAGCCACGUAUCGCUCGACAGCAGCAGCAUGAGGCCUUGCCUAGUCCUGGUGCUUGACGCAACGGCGGCAAGUCUCACCACAGGCCUUGCCCAUGCGGUGGUUGCAGGGCUAGUGCAGGUGCUGCAGGAAGUUUGCUUGCAAGUGGAUAUCUGCCUGAUGCUCGUGGCAGACCGUAUCUACUUUGUUCCGAACUACGGCGGCAAGCAAGCGCCACAACAGGAACCUGGGGAGCACCAACCGCGGCGCUCGCAGGCUUUGCAUUUGCUCGUUGUCGACGACAUCAUGGACCCCUUCCUGCCAGCCCCCGUAGAGCAGUGUUUCUUCAGGCCGGAGGACAGAGAACAAUUAUUGUGGGCAGUGUCUCUGCUUCCCUCCGCCCUCAAUUGCUGCGUCAACACUUCUCAAACAUCCGCAGCAAAUGCGGCGCUGAAGGUGGCAGUGGAUAUGAUUGCCGAGAGAUCGGCGGGAGGGAUGGUGGAGAUGUUUUAUUGCGCGAUGCCAGAUAUUGGCAUUGGGGCUCUGAAGCACUCCACAGUCGCAUCGAAGGAAGCGAGCAAGCCCACGGAGAUUCACCAGCAAGACUUCUACAACGCGAUCAUCACGCAGUGCUUUGCGGCCUGCAUAUGCGUGGACGUCUUUGCGUGCCCUCCCCCAAAUCUCAUCCUCGAGCUUCAGUCUCUUGGGUUCCCCGCUCAGCAAACUGGCGGAGACAUCCGCUUUGUUCCGGAGUUUUGCGCUUCUAGAGACAAGGAGUGGGUUGCAGCGGAGAUGCGCCGGAUAUUUACUUCCUGCUUCUACUUUGACGUUGAGUUCAAGUUGCGCCUUUCAAAGGGACUGUCUGUGGACAGGAUUUUGGUGUCUUUCUCGGGGGCGCGUUCUUUGGUGGAUCAAGGGACUUUCCGGCUUCCCCGUUUGAGCGCACAGUCGACAAUUCUCUUUCAGUUGAAACACACAGAGCAGCUGGAGGCGCAAAGGAAUGUUUUCGCCCAGAGUGUCUGCGCGUACACUCCGAUGCAUCCCUCUAAAAAAGUGCCGAAUCGGCGGUUGCUGCGAGUUCAUUCGUUGUCGCUUCCGGUCACCUUCUCUCUAGCGUCUCUGUUUCGAUUUGCCGAGGUGGACGCUACGAUAUUCUUGAUGGCCAGGACUUGCGCCAAGAUGGAGUUGCACCAGGAGCCCCAGUGGAGAGAGAAGAUCGUGAAGAACCUCGUGGAAAUUCUCACCGCUUACCGCAUGAAUUGCGCGAGUUCGUCGUCUGAGGGCCAGUUAAUUCUGCCGGAUUCGCUGAAGCUGCUCCCAGUGUAUCUACAAGCUCUGUUUAAACACGCCGCUUUCCGGCAGUCCACUGUAGAUCCUCAGGUCCGGCUGCAUCAGCUCCUGCAAUUCCUCAGAAUGUCGAUGUCUGAGUUCUCGACGCACAUCUACCCUCGCCUCUGCCUCCUCCACAAGUCCUACAUACAGCCCCCCACGUCGAAAGAGCGCAAGGCGCUUGAGAAGAUGGGAGAGUAUUCUGGUGUAGGUGACUUUGUUUGGAUGCCACACUCGCUGCCCGCCAGCGGGACUCAUAUCCUUAGCGACGGCGUGUAUAUGUGCGAUGCUGGAUCCUACGUCAUGCUCUACAUAGGCCAACAUGUGCGGCGCGAGUAUAUCAUUGACCUUUUCGGCUUUGACGCGAAACUUGAUGAGCGCGUAGCGCUUGAACUACGUCUGCAAAACGUUGAAGGGACUGCAGGGGCCAGAGUUCUUCGCGUGAUGGACCAGCUGCGAUUUGAGAAAUUUGAUGCGCCGUUCAUACCGCUGCGAAUUGUUGUCCCGAAGUCCUUGGAUGAGACGCGUUUGUUGACGCACCUCAUUGAAGACCCACUGAGCGGAGACGGAAGUUAUGUUGACUUUCUCUGCGAUUUGCACAAGCGGGUGCAUGCGCGGAUGGAGGACAACUGA